AUGUCAACCUACGCUAUCGAUGGUGGUCUCUGGACCGCCUGCAAGGAGUCCCGCGCGGCGAUGUAUCGACGGUAUGACCCCGUCAGGUGGGCCAGCUUCUACAGUCGUCAACGUGAGAAAGGCCGCCCUGAUCAUGAGAGCAGGAUAAGCCGGUACGAUAGCGACAAAUAUUCUCAAAUGCCGGCAACCUUCGUCGUCGAAGAUGACAGAGAGGGGCUCCGGAAUUUUACCGUCCUCCCAAUUUACGACCUCAUAUUCAUCCAGCCGUGGCGUGUCAGUCCACAUCUUGCUUAUCUCGACUUGGAUAUGCCUUUUUCAUGCCCCCAAUAUGGCUUCGGAGGCGUUCGUCACCUAGCCUUGGACUUUGAUCCGACGUGGAGCACGGACGAGCUCCAGACAUACCAGAAAACAUGGGAAGACCCUGAGGUGGAUGCUGAGCUGGAUCCUGCGCGCUGGGGGAUCUACAACGCCUUGGUUGAAGCCAUGCAGGCCACUUUGCGUCUUUCAGACACGACAAUCUGGCUUGUCGACCCCAGACUUUACCGAAAAAGCACGGUUCUCACCGAGAAAGAUAGUAAAGAAGUCUUUGGAGUUGGCCGUUCCUGGGAGAAGGAGCAGCUAGUCUUCCACGCAUCCGAUUGCAGAUAUUAUGCCAUGCCGGACCAGGCCACGUCCGAGCUAUGCGGCUAUGGAGACGAGACUCUCGACACGGUUUGGAACUUUAUCUAUGAGCUUCAGGAUAUUGCCGCGCGGCAAUAUGCACUUGACGAACGCGUUCCGGAGGAUGAAGUCAACGAGGUUUGGACAGAAUUAGGGGUUUUGGUACGCGAAAAACAGAUGAUGGAACAAACUGCUUGA